AUGCCUUUGUCUGCGGAGGCCUUGCAGAAAUGGAUGGACUGGGCUGCAGUGGACUUCUAUGCCACGUCAAAACAGAAGGACGUCAUAACGGCGGAGAGCUGCCAGGGCGAUAUCCCAGUGACGCAGAAUCAUGAUGCUCAACCCGACUCAGGAGGCAUUCCGCAAGAGACAACGAUGCUCAUGGAAGGCCCGGACAUGUCCGACGAGGAGAUUCUGGCCAAUGAUGCAGGGCAGGAAAUCUUCAUCGAGAAAAGAACGGCUCCGUCUGCACAAGCAGACUUGGAGUUGACCAGACUGCUCGAAGUUGAGGAGCAGGAUCAUGCUGCUGCCAUUGAACCUGAUGCCUUUCGACAGCUUGCUGCAGAGGCACUGGCCCAGGCGGAGAUUUCCAAUACAUAG